UGUGGUCUUUUGGUGGGCUUUUAAAACCGCGGGACACCAUCUCCGUAGUCAAAAAACCUGGUUGCCUCACAAACAUCAAAUCCUCAGAGGACCGUGGUAGCCGUGGUUUGCAAUCGGACUUGUGACAGAUUAUUCUCAGGAACUAUGACUUCUUCCAACACCGACCAGCGUCUGGAUCAUCUGCUCAGUGCCGUGGAGACCGAGUUUCAGAAAGGCAGCGAGAAGGGCGACGCUUCAGAGCGGGAUAUUAAACUCGAGCUAGAGGACGCAGACCUGUGGGGAAAGUUCAAAGAACUAACCAACGAGAUGAUCGUAACCAAAACUGGAAGGCGGAUGUUUCCAGUUCUGCGAGCAAACCUCUCGGGCCUAGAUCCCAACGCCAUGUACUCCGUCCUGCUUGACUUCGUCGCUGCGGACAACAACCGCUGGAAGUACGUGAAUGGCGAGUGGGUACCCGGCGGCAAGCCCGAGCCCCAGAGCCCCAGUUGCGUCUACAUCCAUCCAGAUUCGCCGAAUUUCGGGGCACACUGGAUGAAAGCGCCUGUCUCCUUUAGUAAAGUCAAACUGUCCAACAAACUCAAUGGAGGUGGCCAGAUUAUGCUGAAUUCCUUGCACAAGUAUGAACCCAGAUUACACAUCGUAAAAGUUGGUGGCGUUCAGAAAAUGAUCAGCAGCCAGUCUUUCCCUGCAACCCAGUUCAUUGCUGUCACCGCAUAUCAGAACGAGGAGAUCACAGCUCUGAAGAUCAAACACAACCCCUUUGCCAAGGCCUUCCUGGAUGCUAAAGAGAGUAGAAGUGAUCACAAGGACAUUCCCGACCACGGCACAGACAACCAGCAGGCCGGCUAUUCACAACUUGGCGGUUGGUUCCUGCCCAGCAACGGUCCCAUCUGUCCCAAUAGCAGCCCUCCCCAGUUCACCGGGACCGGGGGCCACUCGUCGGGGUCGUACUGUGAACGUUACUCCAGCCUGAGGAACCACCGGGCUGCACCAUACCCCAGCCACUACCCCCACAGAACCACCGCCACAAACCAAUAUAUGGAUAACUCAUCAGGAGGCCUGGGCACCCAUGACAGCUGGUCGGCCCUGCAGAUCCCCAACUCCGGUGGAAUGGGCACCCUGGCCCACACUACCAACACCACCUCCAACACCAGCCAGUACCCUAGCCUGUGGUCGGUUGCUGGGACGACCAUCGCUCAGUCCGGUUCCACGUCUGGUUCUAUCCCCAGCGGCCUAACGUCUCAGUUCCUGCGCGGUUCCUCCGUGUCCUACUCGGGUCUCACCUCCUCGUUGCCCGUCUCCUCCCCCUCCUCCAUGUACGAUCCGAGCCUGACCGACGCCGGCAUGGGGGACACCCAGUUCGAGAGCUCCAUCGCCCGACUCACCGCCUCCUGGGCACCGGUGGCACAGAGCUACUGAGAAUGCUACGCCAGUGAUUAACAAACAAACAAACAAACAGACAAACAGUUUCACCAAACCUCAGUUGGUUCUGAAGAAGAGGGAACCCCAAAUCACCCAAAAUCACCCAGUCUUACACAGACAGGACUCUGGCAUGCUUGUGAGGCGGGACUCUGGAACGGCUUGUGUUUGAACAGACUUCACCUCGUUAGCUCUUCAGCUUUACAGAGCUUUGGGAGGCUUCAGCUGGUGGACAGCAGGAAGGCUUAAAACCCAGCCGGGCAUUAAUACGAAGCCAGCGUCUCUUCUCGGGCCAAUGUGUUUCUGUCAGUCGUUGUCACCAAUGGGCGGGUGGCGCACUGACAAUCGUACCCUGGCGUGAGACAAUCAUUAGAGACAGAACUCAGUAAACUCAGACUUGGAGGGUCUAUAAAAGAAGCAGUGGUCUCUCAAACCUGAGCAUGGGGCCAAUGAUGGCAUUUAACUGUC